GUCAGGCAGCUGUGCUCGCCUGCCUGGGGCCUGUUUCUCUUUAGCGUAUUAUCCUUCCCCUUAUUAGUGCAACACAGAUAAAUCCAUACGGCAAUGGUCAAGCUUGUUGAGGUCGAGGAGAACGAGUACGAGUCAGAUUCGCAGUACACCACUGAUGCUGAGAGCGACAACGAGUCUCUCAUUGAGAAGGAUCUCUCUGACUCCGAGUCCGAGUACGAUUCGGACUUUGACGGCGAGGACGACGAUGUACUUGAUGAGUCGUUCCUGGAGCGGCUGGCAGCGCUCAAGGAGAUUGUGCCGGCGCAGCAGCGGCAGGCGAUCUCGAGCACAGUCAGCAGCAUCUACAGCUGGGGCAACUUUGGCCUGCGGUUGGCAGGCAAGCUGGGGUGGGUUUUCACAAGCAGUGCGCUGCUGAUCGUGUUCCCGCUGGCGCUCGAGUCGGAUCGCGAGAAGAUGAUGCAGCAGUGGGAGGCUGAGCAGGGCAACAUGGCCCAGGGCGGUCAGCAGCACCCGGGUAUGGCUGGCGGUAUGCCGGGCAUGCCAGGCACCGCUCCUGGUAUGGCUCCUGGCAUGGCUCCUGGCAUGGCUCCUGGCAUGGCCCCAGGCAUUGCCCCAGGCCAGGCUUAAUCUGCAGCAGCUUCAGAGUGUAUUUUCUUUCUCGAA